GAUUCAAAUUGUGUUUUUGUUUUGGAAGGCGUAGCGGUUGUGUGUGAAUACGUGCAUCAUAAAUGAACAUUUAUUUCUUCAAAUGUAAUGAAUUAAAAAAGUGAAGUAUAAACUCAAGCUUGAAAUACUUAAAAUGAACUAUACAAGUGACAAUAUAAACUUUGUACACUCGGUGAACGGUUUCCAUAACUUAUGUAUUUGUUGUUAAAAUGCCUCAACAUAAUCGGCAACGAAAAGUAGCCAACAAAAUGAACACAACUAUGAAACGAAAUGUGAAACGAACUGAAAGUUUUCGUUUAAAAACAGAUUAUGGCAGUCCCGUCAAAGAAGAACCUAUAUUCUACCCUUCUCCGAGUAUCGCUUUCCAAGUGAUAUUCUGCGUCAGAAUAGUUUCAGCUCUUUGGCUGCACAUUACAGAUUGCGAUGAAACUUAUAAUUAUUGGGAUCCGAGUCACUAUCUGCUAUUUGGUAAAGGUUUCCAGCCAUGGGAAUAUUCGCCGCAGUUUGCUCUACGAUCUUAUUUGUAUAUUUUAAUACAUAAUGUUCCUGCGUGGAUUUAUUAUCAGUUAUUCCAUCCUAGUCGAUUAUUUUUAUUCUAUCUUACGCGAUGUUGUUUGGCAGUCUUUUGUACCGGUUGUGAAGUCUUUUUUUACAAAAGCGUCUGUCGUGAGUUCGGUGUCAAUGUUGGACGAAUUAUGUUGGUGAUUUUGAUCUUCAGCCCUGGUAUGUUCAUCGCUGGUUCAGCUUUCCUCCCUUCUAGUUUCUCUAUGUAUAUGACUUUGUUAUCAAUGACUGCUUGGUUCUAUAGAAAAUAUCCUUCUGCCAUAUUUUUCGUUGCUCUUUCUUCAUUAUUAAGUUGGCCGUUUGCAGGUCUAAUUGGAAUUCCUAUCGCUUUUGAAAUGGUCUUCAUGCGAAAAAGAUGGCGUGAAUUUUUGAAAUGGUGUAUCUUGUCAGCGAUUAUUAUUUUGGUUCCUUUAUUCCAAAUAGAUUCUAUAUAUUAUGGGAAGUUGACUUUGGCACCCUGGAAUAUCGUCAAGUAUAAUAUUUUUACGCCGCACGGACCAAAUUUGUAUGGAAGUUCCCCCUGGCACUUCUACAUCUUGAAUGGAGUCUUGAAUUUCAACUUAUCAUUCUUACUUGCCCUUUUGACACCUCUUUUAUUGAUGUGGAUAAAAAUAGCCAUUCCAUCUAAGCCCCGUAAUCCGGAUUGUCUACCUUACAUUUUGUCUUUGGGCUCAUUGUAUUUGUGGUUCGUCGUAUUUUUCACUCAGCCUCAUAAAGAAGAAAGAUUUUUGUUUCCGGUGUAUCCUUUGAUAGCGCUGUGCAGUGCUGUUGGUAUAGAUGCAGUCCAAGUUUUAUGGUUCCGGUAUUUCAUUAGAAAAGGAUUCCAUUACACGAAAUGUACUUUGAAGAUCUCGAUUAUUGUGUUAUUCUGUUUCGUGAUUUUGGGAGUAUCUAGGAUGUUUUUGUUGUAUAAAAGUUAUCACGCCCCUAUGGAUGUAUUUGGUCGAUUGAAAACUGUCAAUGUGAAUAUGACCAGUAAGAGUGAAGUGAAUUUGUGCAUUGGUAAAGAAUGGCAUCGGUUUCCUACAUCUUAUUUCCUGCCAGAUGGUUGGACAGUAAAUUUCAUCAAGUCAGAUUUCAGAGGUCAACUGCCAGCUCAUUAUUUACCCGAAAAAGAAGCCACGAAAAUUGUCAGAAACGAUAUGAAUGAUUUAAAUAAGGAAGAAGUUUCUCGAUACGUAAAAAUAGAAACAUGCGAUUUCCUGAUUGAUCUCGACUCCGUAUCUCCUACACCUUUGGAACCUAUUUAUUCUCGUCAUCGAAACUGGACAUCUGUUUAUUCGGUACGUUUCCUCGAUGCAUCCAGAACACCUUUGUAUGCGAGAUCAUUUUACAUUCCGAUUAUAUGGGAAUCGAAGAGCAAAUUCUUAGAUUAUCAUUUACUCAGACGUAAUCAGACUGAUCAUCCUUGAGUUGUAUUUUAAGUUACCAAUUGAGACAUAGUCAUUGAUGGAUCUAGUUCGCCUGUAGAUUUAGUAUCUUGUCCGAGUGCAUUUCUUUUUGUAUAAUUUUUACGCGUGUUCUUUUUUUUUUCAUUUUAAAUACUUUAAUAGUAUAAUUUUAUAUGUGUUUUGAAUCAAAUCGCUUGAAAUUUUUAUUCGUAUAUUUGUGUUAAUUUAAAUGUAAUAUGAUAAUUUUUAUGUGCUGUAAUUUUAAUUACUUUGUGGAAAUAAAGCGCUUCAUUUUUUGGUUGUUUAAA